CCAGUCGAGGACUCAGACACAAAUAUCAAAUAUUAUCGAGCAGCCAGCGAGCACGUUGAAAGGCGAGCUAUUGACGGACGGAGUGACGGGGGUGUGUCUCCUCCACAGUACAGCUUUUGCCAGCCGGUCCUGGUUGCCCGGGUUACACGUACGCCUCCUGUUCCCAUCCCGCCCCAUAGCCCUAGGUUGCCAUGGCCAUGCCCAUUGCCUGGGUCUCGACUUUGUUUGUAAACAUUUCACGUCCAUCGCUGGACCCACAAAUAUUUCGCUCCUACUGCUGCCUGCCUGACUGUGUAAACUUUUGGCAUUCGAGCUCCCGUUUUUUGUUUUUCUGCUCCUAUUUUCCAAGGGGCGAGAAAAGUGUGCCCCGCCGCACUGAGUGAAACAAAUGAGAGCAGACUAGAAAAUCGUGUUUCGUUGUGUUUUGUGGGUUUGAAUACGGAUUCGGCAGCACAGCAAACACUCAAACGCACACUCACCAGUUGUCAAACCUAUGUACCCAGCAUGCAAAAGAAGGUUGCGCCCGAGCGUCGUCCGUACUGCGAUCCGCGACUGCAGGAUGACAAGGUGAGGCGGCGGCGAACCCUCCAUCUGCACCGAGCUAGUCCGCCGCAGAAAAAGAAAGGCGAGACCCGCCAGCUGAACGACUGUCCCUUCUUCAACCUAAGCUAUGGCUUCGAUCAGUUGCCCCUGGACCCAGUCAAGGAGUUCCUGCAGGAGAAAAUAUCUCACAUGCAGAAUGACAAAAUUGUGGGCCGCUGCAACCGUGAGUUCGAUUUCCACACCUACGACCUGGAUAAUGUGAAGGAGAAGUACGACGAGUGCGACGAUGACAGCCUGCAGGAGCUGCAGCUGGAGGAUAUUGAUAUGCCAAAGGAGUUUAAUAUGCUGCGCGAUGCCAAGGAUCACACAUACAACUUCGAUUCCACGGCUUGUAAUCAAUUUCCCUGGAUUGACAAAUGGAUGACUGGCGUGCGGCCCAGCGAGCAGGAAAUCUAUGAAAUGACCAGCCAGCUGCUGGACAUGUACUGCCAACGGCGUGUGCGAGUCUUCUACCCCGGCUGCGGCACCAGCUCCUCCCUGUGGACCAACCAGCUCCGGCGCCAGCACGGAUCGCCAUCGGAACUGAUCGGAGCCUAUAGAACACCCACGGCCCGGCAUCUGCGAGUCAAUAAUCUGCAGCCUGUUCGCAAGAAGAAAAAGUUUACGGUCGGGGAUCACUAUGCAUUCCGAACUCCACAGGAAUGCCGGAACGAACUAAUACGAGUGGGCAAGAUAAUUGAUGAACUGAUUGAGCCUGUGCUCGAGGAAGCCCAGCAAACGAUAGGCCACGGACUUAUCAAUACUGUCAAAAAGCGGUCUCAAUGUAAGGCCAAAUCCGCGUUAUUUAUUGAAACGAAAAAGAAUCCUUGCGCUGAUAGCAACAAGUUUUUCAACCGAAGGGAUUUUUCAUCGAAUAAGAAGUUCCUCCUCUGUCUUAGGAAAAUGGAAUCCACACGUGUUCAGUAUCUGGUGCCUCUGCUGCCCGAGGAUCCCGAGGAUCAGAAGGAAAGGAAGCUGGCGAUUUACCAGAAAGAGCGCUCAGAAGCCGAGGCUGUUUUUACCCCAAAGAUACAAAAGCGCUACCAGUGUUUGCUUAAAAGCAUGUCCAUAGUGCAGCUGGCAACCUAUCCUUCGCAUCUGAUACGCAGAGCCUUCAGGCGCAUCGAUCCCCGCAGGGCUAUGCUAAAGGAUGCCUACAGGUUUAUACUACAGGAGGAGAAAGAUUGGCCCAAACUGCCGCCAGAAGUUAUAUUAAUGGAUUAUCUGUUCGUUGGCGACCGUGGCGUGCAUCAGAGCUUUGCCAUUCUCAUCAUCGUGUGCCUCAUUGAUUUGCAGGAGGAUUUUCGUCACUACGUUAAGCGCGCCUUUCUGAACUAUCUCCUAAGUUCCAAUAUGGAGCGAAAGCGGCUGCAGCUGGAGCCGGAACCCCCUGCCUUUCCCACUUUCCCCAACAGUCAGCCUGUGCCCUGGCGAUCGAAUCUAUUGCUUGCCAAGAGUCGCAUUGGCGAGGUUCUCAUGAUAACACAUCCCGUUGUUCAGGCUGUGAACCGACUCUGGAAUGAUCUUUAUGCAGAUCUGGUAGUGGUGGACCUAGGACAGCUGCUGCUGGCUCAGCGGCCCCUGGACGCAGACACUGUGAAGUCCUUUAUCCAAAAGAGUUGUGCCGAAGUUCGCGAUUUACUCCUCACUGAUUGGCUGCCACGCUGCGCUGAUUUAGUGAACGAGAUGCGUGGCACCUGGAAAGACUUGGUUCCCAUGUCGGGCAAGUAUGGCGGCCGGGCGGCCAUACUCUUUCGCUGCAUCCACUCGGCGAUGUCGCGCAACCUCCAAAGUCUGAUCAGCAAGAGCAUCAACUAUCUGUUUAAGGUUCUGUGUUCGUAUAAGGAUGGCAACAGCAUCGACCAGUACUCCAUGUUCGAUUCGAAGCUCAAGCGGAUUCCCCUGAUGACACUGAUAGCCUCGGUGGUGGGAGCUCAUUUCGACCAUGACCCCAUAGACAUGGGACCGGGGAUUAGGCCAGCCACAAAUAUAUAUGUUUUCGAUGAUGACGAUGCUGAUCCCUUCCAACAGCCGCAGACCAAUGUGUUUUCAGAGAAUCUUCCCGACUUGGAUGAUGUGGCUCAGUUUGAAUUGGAUCACACCCACAAGCUGUACAUAUAUCCUUAUAUGCAGGAACUGCCGCGCCUUUUUGUCGCGCACUUUAAGAGCAUCUUGGCGGUGGGGCAAGACAUUCCCCGCCUCGAGUACAUCAUGUCCGGAGGUGACCCCGAAACGCAGGGAUUCCUUUACUAUAUCGACGAAGACCACACGGACUUUGUUGAGCUCUGCGAUAAAGUUGAACAGAUCGUCAGGUGCAACUGGCGUGGAGUGCAUGUGUAUCUGAAGCCCAUCUACAAGUACUACUUUGGACUUUUCCAGAGGUUGAUCAUGCCGCUGGUGGAGAAGGUCUGGACGGAAAACAUCCUGCCCGAAUUGGGGCUCGUCCAGGAGCUGCUGAAAAAACUUCAGGCCGUGAGCGAUACGACCUAUUAUCUGCGCGAUUUCAUUCCGCUCAACCUGUUCAUGCUGGAUAAUCGGCACGUGAAGCUAUCGCUGCGGAUGUAUGUGCGCGAAAUCUACGAUUUCAUAAUUGAUUUUUACAAAGCCCUCAAUUGGAACGAGAAUCGAGCCAUAUGCGAGGAACUGGAGGAGAUGUCGAUGAAGGCCGGCGAGCGGCCGGAGGAGACGCCCGAGGUGGUGGCCCUGCAGAACUACAUCAACGAGUGCCGAGAGAUGCGCAUAUUCGCCAUCAAGGAUGAAAUCAAGAACGUGUUGAAGCGCGUCGUCUUCCUGCUGACACACACCUACCUGUCCAGCGACGAGCUCCAUCUCAACUCGCGCACAUUCAUACUGCCCGGGGAACUGGAGGAGGUCCUGGAUCUGAGCGCCGCCCGUCUAUCGGUGGUGCGUGAUAAUCUGGAGCUGGCCCUGCGCGAGCGUCGCAUGGAGUUCGAGAAGCUGCUGGCCCAGGAGAAGCGAACGAUGGACGGCUUUCGCAUACGGGAAAUCCGGGAUGUGCUCACGCUGGAGGAGCUCAAGGAGCGUGUGGAUACGGUCGAUUUGCUCUUCACCACCAUUGAGAAUCUCAGCCGCGAGGCAAAGGCUAUUAAUACGGAGGAGACGCUGCUUCAAAUCGAUGUAUCCGCCUUUCCACUGCUGGCUGAGAUCAUUGAGAAAAUGGAGCCCAUCGAGAAGCUGUGGAAGACGUCGUACGAAUUCGAAAAGGAUUAUCUCAUUUGGAUGUUCGAGCGCUUCGAAUGCCUUAAUGCGGAUGGCGUGCGGGAGCAAGUGGAGAAUAUGCACAAGAUAAUGUACAAGCUGUCCCGGCAACUGGCCUACAAUCCGGUGGCCAAGCGAGCAGCCGAGCAGAUGCGCAUGAAGAUCGAGAAGUUCCGCGUGUAUCUGCCCGUGCUGGACUCGAUAUGCAGGCAUGGCUUGGAGAAGAGGCACUGGGAUCAGAUAUCAAAGAUACUGGGACGUAAGGUCAACCCGAAGCUCUUCCCCACGCUUAAGGACAUGAUCGAUGUGGAUAUUAUGAGCAUUUUGCCGCAGCUUGAGGAGAUCGCGAAUGCCGCUGGCAAGGAGUACGAUUUGAAUAAUGGACUGAGGAUCAUGCAGGCAGACUGGAAGGACGUGAUGUUCGAUGUGCUGCAGUAUCGCGACUCGGACACGCACAUCCUGGCCAGCCUGGAUGAUAUUCAGACGCUGCUGGAUGACCAUAUAAUGCGAACACAGGCUAUGAAGCGCUCGCCAUUCAUUGUGGCCCUCGGGUCCAAGGCAGAUGACUGGGAGGCUCGUCUGCUGCUCAUCCAGAACAUUAUCGAUGCCUGGACGCAGGUACAGAUCACCUGGAUGUACCUAGAGCCGAUCUUCAGCAGCGAGGAUAUCAUGCGACAGAUGCCGCUUGAGGGACGUAACUUCAAGGCAGUGGACAAGCUGUGGCGUAAGAUCAUGAAGCAUACACUGAAGGAUCAACAUGUGAUGGCGGCCACCGAUUAUCCGGACAUGCUGGAGAUCUUCACCAAGGCCAUUGAGGAUCUAGAGACGGUACAGAAGGGUCUGAACACGUAUCUGGAGCAGAAGCGUCUUUUCUUUGCGCGCUUCUUCUUCUUGUCCAACGAUGAACUGCUGGAAAUUCUAUCAGAAACCAAGGAUCCGAUGAGGGUACAACCGCAUUUGAGGAAGUGCUUUGAAGGAAUUGGCACUUUGAACUUUGACGAGAAUAUGGAGAUCACCGAGAUGAUUAGCGACGAGGAGGAGCGCGUGGCACUGGUGCGAAAAAUCAAUCCUCAGCUGGCCAAUGGCCUGGUGGAGAUCUGGCUGAAAGAGGUGGAGAUGGUGAUGUUGGACAGCGUUAAGGAACAGAUGCACGAGGCCUGGGAGGACUACGCAGUUGUGGAACGCAUUACCUGGGUUGUCAGCUGGCCCGGGCAGGUGGUGCAGGGCAUUUCCUGCAUGGCCUGGACCUACGAGGUGGAGGAGGCCAUCGAGACGAAGGAGCUGCCGGCUUAUUUGGAGAAGUCCAAUCUGCAGAUUGCCGACCUGGUGCAAUUGGUGCGCACGGAUCUGCAGGCGGGCGUUAGGAUUGCCGUCGAGGCGCUGAUUGUCCUGGAUGUGCAUGAUCGCGAUGUGGUUAAAUAUUUGACAGACAUGAAUGUGUCCAACAUCCAGGACUUCGAUUGGAUCUCCCAGCUGCGCUACUACUGGAAAGUAAACGAGAAAAACGAGGAUUGGGUAUGCGUUAGCAUGGUGGUCACAGAUGUUGAGUACGGCAUGGAAUACCUAGGCAACCUGCCCCGGCUGGUGGUCACUCCCCUCACCGAUCGCUGCUACCGCACUUUGAUGGGAGCCCUGAAGCUGUGCCUGGGCGGUGCUCCUGAAGGACCUGCCGGUACGGGAAAAACGGAGACCUGCAAGGAUCUGGCCAAGGCGGUGGCCAAGAAGUGUGUCGUCUUCAACUGCUCAGAUGGACUAGACUACAAGGCGCUGGGCAAGUUCUUCAAGGGCUUGGCACAAUCGGGCGCCUGGGCCUGCUUCGACGAGUUCAAUCGCAUCGAACUGGAGGUGCUCUCCGUGGUGGCGCAACAGAUCCUGACCAUCCAGCGGGCCAUCGGACGCAAGGUUGUGAAAUUCUUUUUCGAGGAUACAAUGCUCAAACUGGAUCCGAGUUGUAACAUAUUCAUAACCAUGAAUCCCGGCUAUGCAGGACGAACGGAGCUGCCCGACAAUCUGAAGGUGCUGUUCCGCACAGUGGCCAUGAUGGUGCCGGACUAUGCCAUGAUUGGUGAGAUCACACUGUACUCCAACGGCUUUGACAUGGCCAGGAAUCUCUCGCAGAAGAUCGUUCAGGCCUAUAAGCUCUGCUCCGAGCAGUUGUCAUCGCAGUCUCACUACGAUUAUGGAAUGCGCGCCGUGAAGUCCGUCCUGUUGGCCUCCGCCUCGCUGCGACGUUUAUAUGUUGACCUGCCGGAGCCGGAGAUUGUCCUGCGUGCCAUCGUCGAUGUCAAUUUGCCAAAAUUCCUCGAGCAGGACAUUUCCCUGUUCAUUGGCAUCUACAUGGAUCUAUUCCCCGGUGUGGAGCUGCCUAUGCCGCAACGCGGCGACAUACUCAAGUGGCUGCACAUCAACCUGGCGGAGAGAAACCUGCAGGCGACGCCAUGGUAUUUGGAGAAAAUUCUGCAGAUAUACGAGAUGCUGCUGGUGCGGCACGGCCUCAUGAUAGUCGGUGCCUCGAUGGGCGGCAAGACUACUGCCUAUCAGGUCCUGGCCCAGACCUUGCGGAAUGUAUCCACCGACGAGGAGGCCACGCUCAAAGAGUACCCAGUCACGUUCCGCAUCAUCAAUCCGAAGGCCAUAACCAUGGGCCAGUUGUAUGGACGCUUCGAUCCUAUCUCCCAUGAGUGGUAUGACGGCGUUCUGGCCAAGACGUUCCGCGAACAGGUGCAGGGUCCGCGUUGGGAGCGAGCCUGGGUGAUGUUCGACGGACCCGUGGACGCAGUGUGGAUUGAGAAUCUCAAUACCGUGUUGGAUGACAACAAGAAGCUGUGCCUGAUGUCUGGCGAAAUCAUGCAAAUGACCAAGAUGAUGAACAUGAUGUUCGAGCCGGCGGAUCUUGAGCAAGCAUCUCCCGCCACAGUGUCGCGUUGCGGUAUGAUCUACAUGGAGCCAGCGCAGCUGGGUUGGCGGGCCUUCCACAAGAGCUUCACCAAUGUGCUGGUGAACAAGGUGGGUCUGAACGAGAUCUAUAUGACGCUGUUUGAGGACAUGACCGAGUGGUUGGUGCCGGCGGCCCUGGAGUUCUUGCCGCAGUGCAAGCAGAUGCUGGAGUUGUCGCCAAUCUAUCAGUACCAGACCUUCUCGCGCUUUUUCCUACACUUCCUGGAGAAGCACAAGCAGUUCAACCAGGCCUGGUUCCAGCAGAUGUUCCUUUUCUGCUUCGCCUGGGCUUACUGCUCGGCAUUGUCGAGUCAGGGUCAGCGCACCUUCGACGCAUUGCUGCGCAAGGUUAUCUAUGGAUCCAAUGACAACUUCCCUAAGCCCAAGUACUUCUCGCUAAAUCGCGGCCAGAUGUUCCCUGAGAAGAUGAUCUUCAUGGACUAUCGAUUCGAUGAGGCCGAGAACUGGUGGUCGUGGCAGAAGGGUGAUGAAAGCUCGGGAACGCCAACCAACUUCCCGGAGAAUGCGCAGAUCAGUGAACUGAUCGUGCCCACAAAGGAGACUGGUUACAUUUCGUACUGGCAGGAAUUCUGCAUUGCCAAGUCCUUCCCCAUGCUGGUGAUCGGACCCACGGGUACUGGAAAGAGCGCCAUCAUUACCAGUAACCUGCUAGCCAUGCCCAAAUUUGCCAACCUGAUCAAUGUCAUCAACUUCUCGGCUCGAACCUCUGCCCAGAUGGUCCAGGACACGAUCAUGAGCAAGCUGGACAGGCGGCGAAAGGGAGUUUUUGGUCCCUCGCUGGGCAAGAAGUGCAUUGUGUUCUGCGAUGAUGUGGCCAUGCCUUCGAAGGAUACUUAUGGCUCCCAGGCACCACUGGAGCUGCUACGAACUUGGCUGGAUCAUGGCUAUUGGUCGGAUCUAACAGACACCACCAAAAUCGAGCUGGUCGACAUGACACUGAUGUGCGCCAUGGGCACUUUGGGCGGCAGUAACUUCAUUUUUCCGCGUCUCUAUCGCCACAUGUUCGUGGUGGCCGUCGAUUCCUUUGAGGACUCGACCAUCAUACGAAUAUUCACAACGAUUGGUGAUUGGCACUUCGCCAAGGGUUAUCCGGAAAAGGUGGCUCUGCUAUCCCGCGGCUUAGCGGAGGCCAUGGUCAGCGUGUACCGGGAGGCGAUUCGCACCUUCCUGCCCACGCCAGCCAAGUCGCACUAUUCGUUCUCCCUGCGCGACAUCACACGCGUCUUCCAGGGCAUCGUGAUGGUGCCCGCCAAGCGGAUGCCCGACCCCGAUAAGCUGGGUCGCCUGUGGGCCCAUGAAACUUAUCGCGUUUUCUACGACCGUUUGGUGGAUGAUAGGGAUCGUGAUCGCCUGCUUACAAUGGCCAUAGAUGCAUGCAAGUCAAAUCUACGCUUCCCGUUGGAGCAGGCCUUUGCCGAACGCAUUGAGCCGGGCGAGAAGCUAACGGACAACGAUCUCCGGAAUCUAUUUUAUGGCAACUACAUGGAGCCGGAUGCCGAGCCCAAGUUCUAUGACGAGGGCGAGACCUAUGAGAAGCUGGAAAAGCUAAUGAAGUACUAUCUCAGGGAAUACAACUCUUUCUCGAGCACACCCAUGGAUUUGGUAAUGUUCCGUUUUGCCAUUGAGCAUGUGAGCAGAGUUUCCCGCGUCCUGCAGAUGCCGCGUGGCAAUAUCCUUAUGGUGGGCAUGGGCGGUUCAGGACGCCGCAGCUCCUGUCGCCUGGCAGCCUAUAUAGCAGACUGUCGUCUGAUGACCGUGCAGGUGUCCAAGACCUACACCAUCACGGACUGGCGGGACGAUCUGAAGAAGAUUUUAAUGUCGGCCAGCUUUAACCUGAACCACACCGUCUUCCUCUUCUCGGACGCGCAGGCAACGGAUGAGGGGUACGUGGAGGAUAUCAAUGGCAUACUUAAUACCGGUGAUUUGCCCAAUCUCUAUCAGCUGGAGGACAAGGCGAGCAUCAUGGAGAAUAUGGCCAAUGUGGCCAAGCAAUUGGGCAAGGUACUGGACACACUCCCCAGCGAGGUCUACGCCUACUUCAUAGAGCGCAUCAGGGAGCAGCUUCACAUUGCUCUGGCUUUUUCGCCCAUAGGCGAAUCCUUCAAGGAACGCAUUCGGGUCUAUCCCUCGCUCAUCAAUUGCUGCACCAUCGACUGGUACAUGCCCUGGCCGGAGGAGGCCCUGUACCGCGUGGGCACGUAUUUCGUGAACUCCAUGCAUCUCAACCGGCCGCACGGCGAAGAGAACGAGGAACAGCAGCAGCAGGUGGUUAAAGAGCCCGGAGAUCCGGACCAGGAGGAAGGGGCGCGACGCGAUACGAUUGAUGAAGAAAGGGAACUGACGCAACUGGAGUUGGACCUGGUCUACUGUGUUAUGUACUUUCACAAGUCCGUUGUGGAUGCCAGCGAGAAGUGUUACUUGGAGCUCAAUAGGCGGAACUAUGUAACGCCUUCCGCCUAUUUGGAGCUGCUCAAGGCGUUCCGCACCUUCUACAGCCGCAAGCUGGACGAGAUCACGCGGCUGAGGGAUCGCUAUACCACCGGUCUGGAAAAACUUGACUUUGCCGCCGGUCAGGUGGGUGAGAUGCAGACGAAUCUGUACGAUUUACAGCCCAAGCUCAAGGUGCUGUCUGAGGAAACGGACCGCAUCAUGGUGAACAUUGAACGGGAGACGGCCGAGGCCGAAAAGAAGAAAGAGGUGGUGGGCGCCGAUGAGGCGGCGGCAAAUGAAGCCGCCGCUGCUGCCCAGGCUAUCAAAGACGAUUGCGAGACGGACCUGGCCGAGGCCAUUCCCGCCAUGGAGGCGGCCCUGGAGGCGUUGAAUACCCUAAAACCAGCGGAUAUUUUCAUAGUCAAGUCGAUGAAGAACCCGCCGUACGGCGUCAAGUUAACCAUGGAGGCGGUGUGUGUGCUUAGGCUGAAGCCAGAUCGAAAACCGGACCCGAGCGGGCAUAUGGUGGAGGAUUACUGGGGACCAUCGAUGCGCAUGCUCAGCGACAUGAAGUUCUUGGACUCACUCAAGACUUUCGACAAAGAUAACAUUCCACCGGCCAUUAUCAAGAAGAUUCGAGAGAAGUACAUAGCCGAUCGUGACUUUGUCCCCGAAAAGAUCAAAGCCGCUUCCAUGGCCUGUGAGGGCAUCUGCCGCUGGGUACGUGCCAUGGAUGUCUACGACAAGGUGGCUCGCAUUGUGAUGCCCAAGAAGGCUGCCCUGGCAGAGGCCGAAGGAGAGCUCUCCCAGCAGAUGGAGAAGCUGAAUGCCAAGCGGGCAGAGCUGCAAGUGAUCCUGGACAAGCUGCAGAAGCUCAACGAUUUCUUUGCGGAGAAAUCGCGAGAGAAGAAACGUCUCGAGGACGAAAUCGACAACUGCGAGAAAAAACUGAACAGAGCUGAAAAGCUGUUGGGUGGACUGGGUGGUGAGAAGACGCGAUGGUCGGAGGCAGCCAAGAAUCUUCACGAAUCCAUUAGCAACAUUGUGGGCGACGUCCUGCUAGCCGGCGGGUGCACCGCUUAUCUGGGAUACUUCACCACGGAGUACCGCGUCAAUAUCCUGGACGACUGGAAUGCCCUGUGCCUGCGCAAGCACAUUCCCUGCAGCGAGACCUUCUCACUGGCCACCACUCUGGGCAAUCCGAUGACGAUCCGGGCCUGGUCACUGGCCGGUCUACCUGCGGAUAACUUCUCCGUGGAGAAUGGCAUCAUUGUGACCAACUCCAGUCGGUAUUCGUUGCUGAUCGAUCCGCAGGUUCAAGCAAAUAAAUGGAUCAAGAAUAUGGAGAAGAACAACAACCUGAAGGUUAUCAAACAGAGCGAUGCCAACUAUAUGCAGGUGCUGGAGUUGGCCAUUACUUUUGGUCAGCCAGUCCUCAUAGAGAAUGUCGGUGAGAAACUUGAUUCGAAUUUGACGCCCAUUUUGGAGAAGAACAUCAUAAAGCAUAAGGGCGGAGUGUUCAUCAAAAGUGGCGACCAAAUGAUAGAAUACAAUCCCGAGUUUCGUCUUUACAUAACGACCUGUCUCCGCAAUCCGCGUUAUCCGCCGGAAGUGAUGGUUAUGGUAACAGUAUUAAAUUUCAUGAUAACGGAACAGGGAUUACGCGAACAAUUGCUGGCGAUUGUGGUGGCUCACGAGCGUCCCGAUUUGCAAGAGAAGAAGGAACAAUUGAUUAUUGAGUCCGCAAGGAAUCGUGAUGCAUUGUACACCAUCGAAUCCAAGAUAUUAGAGGUUCUCUCCACCUCCGAGGGCAAUGUACUGGAGGACGAAAACGCCAUAAACAUACUGUCGUCCAGUAAGAUUCUCUCGGAGGACAUCCAGGAGAAGCAGGUGAUAGCUGUGGCAACCGAAAUCGAGAUAGACGCCGCCCGUCAACAGUAUAUACCAGUAUCCAAGCACUCGGCUAUCUUGUUCUUCUGCAUCAGUGAGCUGGCCAACGUGGAUCCCAUGUAUCAAUAUUCCCUCUCGUGGUUCCUCAAUCUAUUCGUAAACACGAUCCUUAAGGCACCCAAGUCGGACACGUUGGUGGAGCGCUUGAAGAACCUAAAUGAUUACUUCACCAAGUCGAUAUACACGAAUGUGUGCCGCUCGCUGUUCGAGAAGGACAAGUUGGUCAUUUCGCUGGUCAUGUGCCUGGGUAUACUGGUAUCGCAAGGGCGCGUGGAAAAGGCCGCCUUGCUGUUCUUCCUCACUGGUGGCAUUGGCUACAAGAGCAUACCACCGAAUCCUUUGGGAGCAUGGCUGCCCGAUAAAUCCUGGGCGACUAUCUGCAAGGCCUCGGAUCUUGACGGCCUCAAGGAUCUGCCAAAAAUGAUGGAACAGCAUGCGGAAGAUUGGCACAAUUUCUACGACUUGAGCAAUCCGGGGGAAAAGCCGCUGCCGGCACCGCACGAUACGGUAAAUGACAUGCUCUACCUGAUCGUCCUCAAGGCCCUGCGUCCGGACAAGCUGGUGCCCGCCGUGAGGGCUUUCAUUACGCGCAACCUGGACCGCUCGUUUGUGGAGCCGCCACCCUUCGAUUUGGCGGCCUCGUUCGCGGACAGCUCGCCGAAAAUUCCGCUGGUGUUCCUGCUCUCGCCCGGAUCGGAUCCCAUGGCCAGUCUCUUCAUGUUCGCCAAACAACGCAACAUGUACGACAAAUUGAAAACCAUCUCGCUGGGUCAGGGCCAGGGGCCGCGGGCGGAGAAGAUGAUCCAGGAGGCCGCCCGCCACGGCCAGUGGGUGGUGCUGCAGAACUGUCACGUCGCCUUCAGUUGGAUGGGCGACCUGGAGCGGAUCUGCAAUGACACCACGCUAACGGAUGGCGCCAACCACGACUACCGGCUGUGGUGCACUUCCUACCCCAGCGCCGUCUUCCCGGUCUCCGUACUGCAGAACUCGGUGAAGAUGACGAACGAACCGCCGAAGGGUCUGCGGGCCAAUAUGCAUCGCUCCUUCACCUCGGACCCGUUGAUGCGGGACAAGUUCUUCACCAAUGCCUUCCUCUUUUCGGACAGUGCGAACAAGUGCUGGCUGCGCGGCGUUUUCGCUCUGGUCUUCUUCCAUGCCGUCGUCCAGGAGCGUCGCGAGUUCGGUCCCCUGGGCUGGAACAUUCCCUACGAGUUCAAUGAGUCGGACUUGAAGAUUUCUCUAUUGCAGCUAAAGAUGUUUAUUAACCAGAGCCAGAGUAUUCCCUUCCGGGGCCAUGUUUACCUCACGGGCGAGUGCAACUAUGGCGGUCGUGUCACAGACGAUAAAGAUCGUCGUCUUAUCCUGUCGCUGCUCAACAUGAUAUACAAUCCCAAGACCAUUGAGGAGGAUAAUUAUGCCCUGUCUCAAUCUGGCAAUUAUUUGGUGCCCGUGAGUCCCACGCGCCUCAACUCCAUCGAGUAUGUGUCUAGUUUCCCGCUGAGUCCCCAGCCCGAGGUCUAUGGAUUGCAUGAAAAUGCGGAUAUCAAUCGCAAUGUCAAGGAAACCAAUGCGCUCAUCAGCGGCGUCUUGCUCACCCAAACCGAUUUGAUGGCCUCGGUGAAGGCCAGUUCGGUGGGCGGCGCGAAGGAAGAUCCAGCCAUUGCCAUUUGCAAGCAGGUGCUGAGCCAGCUGCCCGAAGAAUUCGAUAUAGACGAGGUGUCCAAGGUAUAUCCCGUGAUCUAUACCAAUUCGAUGAACACAGUGCUGCGCCAAGAGCUAAUACGCUUCAACCGCCUGCUCUCGUACAUUCGCAAGAGUCUGGUGAAUGUGAGCAAAGCGGUGGUGGGACAGAUUGCCAUGAUACCCGAGCUGGAGCGAACACACGCCUCGAUGGUCAUUGGCAAGCUGCCGGCGGACUGGCUGAAGAAAAGCUAUCCCUCGCUCAAGCCAUUGGGCAGCUACGUGAGCGACCUUCUGGCCCGGCUGGCCUUCUUCCAGGAGUGGAUAGACAAGGGCGAACCGAUGGUUUAUUGGAUCUCCGGCUUCUAUUUCACCCAGUCCUUUAUCACGGGCGUCCUGCAGAAUUACUCUCGCAAGAAUCGCUUCCAAAUUGACAUGAUCUUGAUCGAGUUUGCUGUGACCAAACACGAGACGACGGUCCCCCAGACCCCCGAGUUGGGCGCCUACAUCCGGGGCAUCUUCGUUGAGGGUGCUCGCUGGAAUCGCAAGACCAAGGAGUUGGAUGAAUCCUUCUCGAAAAUCCUCUUUGACACCUUGCCCAUUAUCUAUCUGCGGCCCGUACUCAAAACCCUGGAGGAUCUGCCCCGCUCGACCGGCGGCGCUGAAAAGGAAAUCGUCUACGAUUGUCCCGUUUACAAGACCAGCGAACGCAGAGGUGUCCUGUCCACCACCGGCCAUUCAACCAAUUUCGUGAUGUACCUGCAGCUAAGAUGCUCCCGGACACCAAUGCAUUGGAUUAACCGGGGCACGGCCUGCCUCUGCCAGCUGGAUGACUGAGAUGGGGGGAUCGGAUAUGGCCAGGAGCCACCUCCGGGUGGCAUCCGGCCGUGUCGGCCAGGUGGCGGCGAUCCUUGGACUCUCCCUGGACUGGUCCUAUUUAUCCUUUUCGUUUUUGCUGGCACAAAGAAGCGUCUGUCGUCGUCCCAUCUAUAUGCAGAUGUAUUUAUUUUGAUUUUGUUUCGUUUGAUUCGCGGUGCCUCCUCCGCACUCCAGGAAGCCCCAAAAGCGCGCUGGCCGGGCUCCGGCUCCCGCUCCCGUUUUUGUUUAUUUUGUGUUGGCUCCUGUUUUCCGCAUUCAGAGGACGGAUCUGGGCCGCGGGCUUCGAGCGUGGGGGGCACGUGGCAUGUGCGCAGUGUCAUUUUGAUGAUGAUGAUGAUGCUGAUUGCCAGAUAUAAAUUAAAUAUGCAGAAUACUAUACGUUCCCGGCUGGAUAUACGAAUAUAUUUUUUAUGUGCGCCAUUUACAAAUGAAUAAACGAAUGAAUAAGUCCCCAACCUA